GUCCGGCCAUGAGUCACCCAUUACUACUAGUAUUUACCUAGCCGUGCGACCUGAGGUGUGCCGAACUUUGUCCGCCGGCUUUCUUCUGUCUUUAGUAUGCUUUCACCUGUGUAAAGUUGAACCGGCUACACCACCAUUUUGGAUCUGUGUACGUAUGGCCGCCAUGUUGAAGACAGGAGCGCAUUGGUGACAUACCGUUCCGGGGAGUUAAUUAGGGGCCAGGCUUGUCGGGUCACCCGGCCGGUCCACAGGGGAGUCCAGCCCGCCUGACUCGGGCGGGACAGCUGCUGCUUGGUGCCGCCGAGAUUCCACAGUCUUCGACCAAAGCCCGACAUACUUCCUGUAUGAAUAUUCCAUCGCGUGCCUGCUAAGUUUUUAUGUCGACAAACAGUGGACUAAAGCCGCGCCAAGACAGGCAGUUUUAUGCGGAAAAGAUGCCCAGAUUCUACACUGACAAGAUAAACUGACAAGAAUCGUGUCGUCUGACUCUGACCUGAGAUGCAGCGACAACCUUCCAAAACCAAGAUGGAGGUGGUGGGGGACAAGAACAACGACCUCUUCGAGUUCCUAGUCGGGGCAGAGCUGGAGAUGUACACCAAUGCCUUCAAGGAGACACUAAAGGUGAACUCAGUAGCACAGCUGCGUGAUGUGGAUAAGAAGGACCUACAGAUAGUCGGGCUGUCCCGGCCGGAGCAGAAGAGGUUCAAGAGAUAUUACGACAAGAGAUUUGGGACGUGGAGCAAGCUGAAGAAGGUUUUUAAGAGAGAAACUGACUCCAAAGCAGCCCCGACUGACCGGCUCCCGACAUCCCCUGCGAACGUGGGAAGGGACCGACACCUCAUUCCUAGUGACGCCAUCACCAUCAACUACCGCGCGGAGCCUCUCGGGAAGGGCGAGUUCGGCAUCGUGUACCGGGGUGUCUGGAGAAGGGAAGACGGGCAGAGGAUCCAGUGUGCGGUGAAGACGCUGACCAAGGAAAGAUUCGAGACUGCACAGAGCGAGUUCUUCAAGGAGGCUACGAUCAUGUGUAGCAUGGAGCACGACAACAUCGUGCGACUGUACGGCAUCGUGCUGGACUUGUGUCUAGGAUCGCUCAUGAUGGUGUCGGAGUUGGCUCCCCUUCGCUCCCUGUCUGACUGUUUGCGGGAUUGGAACCAGAGACCGCUGUUCCCUGUGGUCAUCCUGUGUGACCUGGUCAUCCAGAUAGCCAGUGGGAUGGAGUAUCUGGACAGCAAAGGGCUCGUCCACCGAGACCUUGCCGCUAGAAAUAUUCUCGUCUUCUCCCCGACUUUGGUAAAGGUGAGUGAUUUUGGCCUGACGAGAGCGCUCGGCGUGGGGAGGACGUACUUCAAGACAGCUACAACGGACAGGAAACUGCCGUUCGCAUGGUGUGCACCAGAAGCCAUUAACGAGUUCGUCUUCACAUCAGCCACGGACGUGUGGAGCUUCGCCGUCACCAUGUGGGAGAUGUUCAGUUACGGGGAACAGCCGUGGGCCACUUACAGCGGGGAACAGAUUCGGCAGGCCAUUGGCCCUCCCAUGUACCACCGCCUGGAGAGACCCCGGUUCUGCCCCUUCAGCCAUUACCGCAUCAUGCACGAGUGUUGGAGUCACAAGCCUAAAGAACGGCCCACCUUCACCAAGCUGUGUCACGUGCUGCAAGAGGCGAAACCAGAGCAAAGAGUCGCCAUUGAUGACGUCGACGGUGACGUAGUACAUAACCUUAUGACCUUAAGGCUGGUGACGUCAUCACAGUACUGGAAAAACCCAGUGACAACCAUGGCUGGCUCGGCGCGUUAGAUGAAGACAAGAUCGGCUUCUUUGACCCUGAGAUAACGGAACCGUUCCAAACGGAAGCAGAGAAGCAAGAAAAAGCUGCCGCAGCGAUGGACAAGAAAAGAAAACUGAAGAAAACACCGCAGCCGUCAACAGUACA